UCCAAAGAGGCGCAAGCGCCAACGACACCCGUUCUCGCCCCGCAUCCAACGGCUCUGUGAAUCUCACAGCCACCGCUUCCCAUCUCAACCGUCCAGUAAUACCCGGUCCUGAGCCGCAAUUGUAUAAUUAGCCUUUGUCUUCUUAGUCUUUAACCUGCUCGUGUUCUUGGGUUCCAAAGUUGAAUGCCGUUUACUCUCUGUCUUUCUCCUUCUCUGCAUUUUCUCCUGCAACUCUCCUCUCAAUACUCCGCCACUGACGUCAUCGAUCCUACGACUUGAUCCCAACAGUACUACUAUUCGCCAUCGUUUCUCCCUUAACCCGUCGACGGCGCAGAUUCGCCUCUUAAUUGAACUGGACACAAUGUUGGUCCCUCCAUGGCUCGAACCGCUCCUGAACGCUUCGUUUUUCAGCGUUUGCCGGAUUCACGGAGACGCCGCCAGGAGCGAGUGUAACAUGUAUUGUCUGGAUUGCAAUGGCGACCCGUUUUGCUUUUACUGCCGUUCCUCAAGGCACAAGGAUCAUCAAGUUAUUCAGAUAAGAAGAUCUUCGUAUCACGAUGUAGUGAGAGUUGCAGAAAUCCAGAAGGUACUGGAUAUAAGUGGAGUACAGACGUAUGUGAUAAACAGUGCACGAGUGCUGUUUCUGAACGAAAGGCCUCAGCCAAAAUCAUCAUCUGGGAAAGGAGGAGGAGCUCACAUUUGCGAGAUUUGUGGAAGAAGCCUCUUGGACCCAUUUCGUUUUUGUUCUUUGGGAUGUAAGCUUGUAGGAAUAAAGAGAAAUGGGAAUGCGAGCUUUGGUUUGGACGAGGCAUUGUCAAAAGGAUCGGUGUCUUCCAGACGAGAAGAAGAAUUGCGUGAAGGGUCACAGCAAGAUAUGUACCCGGCCACGCCUCCUCCUCCACCGGCUUCAUCUGCAAGAAGAAGAAAAGGCGUCCCUCAUAGGGCUCCUUUUGCCUCCUAAUAAUAAUUAUCAUCUUCGCCCUCAAAACUGGUAAAUAUUUCAAUUCAACCCCUCUCAGCUGGUUAGUAUAAUUUAUUCCUUUUCGAAAAAAAUAAAGAAGAAAAAGGGAGGAAGAUAGCCUUUGGAGUUGUCCAUGAGUGAAAAAGAAAGGGAAAAGUAUAGAGGUAGGAAAGUUCCUUGUUUUCGGGACUGGGUCUGGAAACAACAAAUUGAAGAAUCAAUAAUGCAAGAGGAUUUGUUUAAUAAUUGAUGGUUGAGGGGUGUACAUAUCAUGAGGAAUUUGGAAAGCAAGUCUUUUUGUGGAGUCCGUUUUCUAGUUUUCAAUGCCCCACCAUCCACAUGCCCCUUUUCACUCAACCAUAACUACACCUUUUUCUUUUAUUCUUUAUAUACACACACACACACACCCCUUUAUUUAUUGUUACGUGCAUGAAAAUGUAAUAUUGGGACAAAAUUUAGUUAUUUAUCGUUACCAGUUUUACCCACCUAAUUGAUUAAACGACUCAGCCUCUUA